UGCAAAUAAUUUAAAUAAAACAGUAGCACUACUCCAAAAGUUAAGACAUUACAAAUUUUAGGUAAACAUACUCCACAAUACCAAAACUACGUUACGUUUCAGCCAUCGUAAAAAGUAUCUGCCAACAAAGAAAAACAUAUGCUGAAAAUUUUGCUACUGGUAGUAGUGGCAUAGAUCUCAAAUUCCAACAUAUGUGGUAAAAUUAGUUAAAUAAAUUUUUUCGUAAAAUAGUGAAUGAACUAUUGCAAAUAAUUUUGCCAAAGCUACAUAUAAUAUAAAAAUAUGGACGGCAGCAUAAAAGAUGCGGAACCAGUGGCUUUGGGUACCGACAGCACUGGCAUACGUCCUCCAUUAGAAGGUGCCGAUAAUGGAGAGGAAAUAAUUAAUUGGGAGGAGGAGGCGACAGCCAUAAUUAAUGAUGUUAAAACACAUGUAGCCGAAAUAGAUAUUGCCAAGAAAUUGCCCAGCAACGAGAGUCAUAUAUAUAUGAACAUUUGCACUUUUGAGGGAGCUAGCUAUUGUAUUCAUGUAAGCAGUAUUGGUUUUCGCAUAGUAUCCAAAAUAUAUGAUACAAUUGAUGAGGGCAAAGAGGAGGUUUCCGAAGAUGAUGAAGUCUUUGAAACCCCCUACGCAUUGCUGGACAAAAUAAGUCCGGGAUAUGUGGAAUCAUUUGGAAAUCAAUUGUGCAAACAACUAUUGCAGCUACAACGGAUGAGAACUGAAUUUAAAGAAGAGGACGAAGAAGGCCUUGAGGAGGAGGAUGAGGAAGAAGAGGAUUGAAGUGAAAACCACAGUCAUCGAACAAAUCUAGGAGAAUACAGACUAACGUUUCGUUGCAUUUUAAGUUAAGACUAACCCACCAUCCCAUGUCUCAAAACAUACACCAUAACCACACAAACUCUAGAAAAUUAAACCCAGAUUUAUAACAAAAUAAAAUAGUUUUGUUCUGUUUUUGGUUUGUUUUUUUAGCAGCAACUUGCAUUAAUGUAUGUUACGUAUGCAAGCAAUGUUUUUAGCUAUAAUAGUUUUAAUAUAUGUGAUUGUAAUAUUUAACCACUAAUAUUUUUCGUAAUACGGAGUUGUAUGGUAUGACGAUCGCUCCACACAAAAGAUGUAAUUGUCUAUAAGCUGUUUAGACUUUUAAGCGUUUUAAAAAUAAAGAUUGUGAUUGCAAUUCCAAA